GCACGCCCGCGACCUUAGUGAGGAGAAGCGGCUCAGAAAAUGGAUGGAUGGAUGGAUGGAUGGAUAGUAGCAAACCUAAUUUUGACUAACUAGCUACUUAUUAGCUUCGUAUUGGUAGCUAUUCUAAGCUAUGUCGCAAAAUAUAUCUUUGCUGGCUAGAUACACGAGUAACCAAUAAUGUGUGAUGAAGCUAGUUAUCAAGUUAACCUACUAGCUUUUAACUGCUAACUUAUUAGUUUCGACAUGAGAGCUAGUUUUAGUUAGUCGCUAGCUACAGCUAGCUGCCUGGAUUUACACUCGUAGCUAAGAAUGUUUUCUCACUAGCUUCAUCUUAGUAACUGGUUCAUUAGCUUUAACAUGGUAGCUACUCUCAUUUGGUGAGUUUCAGACAUGUUGAGGCCACCAAGAAGGCAAGUGAAAAUGUAUGUAUUUUAGGGGUCCCUAACAUGAACCUUUCAUCAGUUUCAUUGAUUGACAUGAAAUUAGGUGAACAUGUCAAUCAUAACAGGACGCAUGAAAAAGUCUCAAUGUCCCAAAUGGAACAGUAAGUCUGCCAUUUUGGUUUGAAACAUUCAUUUUGUGCAAAGUCCAGGGAUCGUACUUUAGCAGUUGAUCCAAAUGAGUUCCAAUCGGGAGCAGGUAUCCUACACAGACAGGCGAGGCUAAAUUGGCAGUUUUUUUUAAACCAGUGCCAUCCCUUGUAGGCGAAGCAUCGCAUCAAAUGACGAAGAGGGCCAAACAUGAAAAAAGGACCCCUUGUGUGUUUUGGUGUGAAAAAAGCAGCCUCCUAGCCAGCUGUGCUCUAUUUGCAUUGAAGCCUUUCAGAGGAACUCCCAUCAUGCAUGAGCUCCAAGAAUCCACACUAGCACGCACGCACGCACAAACACACGCGCACACAUGCCUGAUAACUAAACAUUCAAAACAACCGUGUUAGAAAAGUUUAAGCUGCGAUGAAAGCAAACGGGUCAAAGCUCAAGUUUUUUUUUUCUUUCCCUUUUUUGUUUUUUGUUGCUUCAUCAUCCCUUGUGGCUGCGAAAGGUUUUCCGGGUUGUGAAGUUCGCCCCCGUGUUGAUUGACAGCAGUGCCGAUGACAAAAUGUGUGCUUAUUUACACAGAUGUCGCACAUCGAGCUGAUGCAGCAGUAAAAACGAUAAAUUGUGCUUCACGGGAGAAGCAAACAGGCAAUUGCGCACAUUCUUAGCUACUAAGAAAUAAAUCUAGUAAGCUAACAUGAGCUACCAGGUCCGACUCUAAGAUAAUAAAUACUCAUAAAUAGGUAGCAUGUUGAAGCUAGUAAUAAAACAUGCUAAGUGCAACAUAUUUAGCUACAAGGAAGUAAGUCUUUCUAUAACCCCAAUUCCAAUGACGUUGGGAGGUUGUGUUAAACAUAAAGACAGAAUACAAUGAAAUCAUGUUCAACCUAUAUUUAAUUGAAUACACUACAAAGAAAGGAUAUUUAAUGUUCAAACUGAUAAACUUGAUUGUUUUUAGCAAAUAAUCAUUAACUUAGAAUUUUAUGGCUGCAACAUGUUCCAAAAAAGCUGGGACAGGGUCAUGUUUACCACUGUGUUACAUCCCUUUUUUUUUUUAAAACAACAUUCAAUAAACGUUUGGGAACUGAAGACACUAAUUGUUGAAGCUUUGUAGGUGGAAUUCUUUCACAUUCUUGCUUGAUGUACAGCUUCAGCUUCAACAGUCUCUUCUCGUGUUGUUCAACAGUUUCAAUCAAUAAAAGUCGAAGGUCCAACUCCCAAAAAAAAAAAAAACAGUCCGGGGUCUCCGUUGUCAUAUUUUACGCUUCAUAAUGCGCAACACAUUUUCAAUGGAAGACAGGUCUGGACUGCAGGCAGGCCAGUCUAGUACCCGCACUCUUUUACUACGAAGCCACGCUGUUGUAACACGGGCAGAAUGUGGUUUGGCGUUGUCUUGCUAAAAUAAGGGGCGUCCAUGAAAAAGACGACGCUUGGAUGGCAGCAUAUGUGUCUCCAAAACCUGUAUGUACCUUUCAGCAUUAGUGGUGCCUUCACAGAUGUGUUAGUUACCCAUGCCAUUGGCACUAACACAGCCCCAUACCAUCACAGAUGCUGGCUUUUGAACUUUGCAUCCAUAACAGUCCGGAUGGUUCUUUUCCUCUUUGGCCCAAAAACAAUUUGAAAUGUGGACUCGUCGGACCACAGAACAUUUUUCCACUUUGCAUCAGUCUAUCUUAGAUGAGCUCUGGCCCAGAGAAGCCGGCGGCGUUUCUGGGUGUUGUUGAUAAAUGGCUUUUGCUUUGCAUAGUAGAGUUUCAAGUUGCACUUACGGAAGCAGCGCCGAACUGUAUUUACUGACAUUGUUUUUCUGAAGUGUUCCUGAGCCCACGUGGUGAUAUCCUUUAGACAUUGAUGUCGGUUUUUGAUGCAGUGGCGCCUGAGGGAUCGAAGGUCACGGGCCUUCCAUGUCAGUUUUCGGCCUUACCGCUUACAUGCAGUGAUUUCUCCAGAUUCUCUGAAUCUUUUGAUGAUAUUAUGGACCGCAGAUGAUGGAAUCCCUAAAUUCCUUGCAAUUGUACGUUGAGGAACAUUGUCCUUAAACUGUUCGACUAUUUUCUCACGCACUUGUUCACAAAGAGGUGAACCUCGCCCCAUCUUUGCUUGUGAAUGACUGAGCAAUUCAGGGAAGCUCCUUUUAUACCCAAUCAUGUGGGAUGUUCCCAACAGUUGUUUGAUGAGCAUUCCUCAACAUUCUCAGUCUUUUUUGCCCAGCUUUUUUGGAACGUGUUGCAGCCAUAAAAUUCAAAGUUCAUGAUUACCUGCUAAAAACAAUCAAGUUUAUCAGUUUGAACAUUAAAUAUCUUAUAUUUGUAGUGUAUUUAAUUAAAUAUAGGUUGAACUUGAUUUGCAAAUCAUUGUAUUCUGUUUUUAUUUAUGUUGAACACAAUAUCCCAACUUCACUGGAAUUCGGGUUGUAGCUAGGAUUGUAUAAGUGACAUAAUUGAGACUAAAUACCAGGUCGUAGCUAAUAAAUAGGGCUAGUUACCAACUUGAAACUGGUAAAUAAAGAUGCUAACUAGCUGUAUCCGACAUAUUUAGCUACAAAGAAGAAAAUUAGCCGAGAUACUGAAAAGUAAUACAAAUAGUUCGCUACAAAUCAGUUAUCAGUUAUACAAAUUGUUACAAAUUUCUAUCAUAACAGGAUGUACAAAACUACAAAGCUUCACCAAAAGUGAUCCCGUCCCGUUUGUUGUGGUGUGUUUGUCUGUGUGCCCUCAUUUCUGCAACAUUCUCAUCUUCUUUAGUGUCAGGUGUCCUCAAUAACAACACAAAGAGUGUGCUUCUUUUUCAGAUAGAAAUAAAUGGUGGGCGCAGGCAUUCGUGGAAAGAGUCUCAAACUUCACAAUCCCUAUUGUGAAGUGUGUCUGUGUAGGUCAGUGACAAACCUCUAUCCCGUCCGGGUUUGUUAGCCGGCAGGCUGUUGCAUAAGCGAAGUGGUGUGACUCACAGCACUUGCAAUAGUGUCUGUACGCAUGCCGGGUGAUAAGCCGCAAAACAACCCACUGACCUCUUCUUGGCCAAGCUGUGUGACACACUAUCAGCUUUCAACUGACAAAUUCCCAUCUUCUCAGGUGGUAUCAGAACGAUAACAGAGGUGGGACACUUAAUUCUCUUCUGCCAGUAAAAGUUGACAUUUUGCUACCUUUUUCAGUGUUGCUGUUCAGUAUUAACAGCAUCGAAGUGGAAUGGGAAAAAAAUCUACUUUGUGAAUCCCUGUCACAGGUUUUCGGAUGGGAGAAAAGAGUGAGACAUUGUUCCGCCUCUCGUACAGCUCUCCAAUGACAGAAAACUGUCAGGAAGUAGUAACAGAGCUGUUUAACAGAGGCCAAUUCUGUGUCUGUCCUGUCACCAUGUAUUAGGUGUAAGAAAUGAUUGAAACAUUGUCCCGCCUGUAUUACGGCUCUCCAAAGUUGGAAAGUUGCCGGGAAGUACGAUCAGGGCAUAACAGGAGUGAGAGUCAGACUUUUUGUCAGAGUUUAUCAGGCGGGAGAAUUGAGUAAGGCAUUUUUCCGCCUCUAUGUGGCUUUCCAAAGUCAUAAAAUUGUUUGGAAGUAAUAUCAGAGACUUAACCGAGGCAGGAGACCAAGUCUGUACUGUCUCUGCCACCGUUUAUUGGAUGGGAGAAGUGAGUGCGACAGUAUAGGAGCCAUAACACAGGCAAGAUGCUAUGAUGCCAGCGGCUGGAGUGUGAAAUUUAACACUUGACACUCACUCCCCCCGCCCUGUUGUGUUUAAAGCAAUAUCCCACCAUCACUGGGUUCUGUGUGAAUGGCAUAUGCUGUUUAUCCCUGUAAAAGAGGCAAUUAUUGCCUGCAAAAGUCAAAUAUUUUCCCGUCUUUGUUGUCCUGUAAGUAUGCAAUUCAUGGACAUUUGUAAAACCUCAAAGGCGAUAAUUUUAUUUGGGUUGCUUUCUGUGUGUGUGUGUGUGUGUGUCUUUGCGUGUGUGUGUGUGUGUGUGUGUGUCAGGGAAAGAGGAACCGGAGGCGGGACAGAGGAAACAGAGGAGGGAACCUCGGGAAUCUCCUUCAGAUCCUGCGCAACUUCACAAAAGUGCCGACCAAUGCAGAAGAGCUGGGCAGAUGAGAAGCUGCUGCCGACGUUGUGAGGUGUCCUGAGCCGAGGCCGAGAGGGAGGGACCACUAAUGACAACUCUCCCCGUGAUUGGUCGCAAGCCAUGGCUGUCAGCGUGCAGGAGAAGCCCCGCCAGAGCCAGGUGACCGAGGAGGGUGGCUGGGGCUGGAUUAUCGUCGCUGCCUGCUUCCUCGCAACCGUCUGCACACGUGCAGUCACCAGAUGUGUUUCCAUGUUCUUCGUGGAGUUCCAGCUGCACUUUGAGCGAGAUUAUUCCACCACAGCCUGGAUCCACAGUCUCGUUGAUUGCACCACUAUGCUCUGUGCCCCUUUGGGUGGUUUCCUUGGCAACCGUCUGUCGUGCAGAGCCACAGUGACGCUCGGGGGUCUCUUGUCCUCGGUGGGUUUGGUCCUUGGCUGCUUCGCCUCCAGUCUGGAACAUCUCUAUGUCUCUUUGGGAAUCCUUACAGGUAUGGGCUUUGCUCUGUGCUACACGCCGUCCAUCGCCAUGGUUGGUCGUUACUUUAGUAAGAAGAAAGCGUUGGCAUACGGCAUUGCCCAGUCUGGCAGCGGCAUCGGGACCUUCAUCUUGGCUCCGGUGGUGCAGCUGCUUAUCGACCAUUACUCGUGGAGGGGGGCCAUGCUGGUCCUCGGGGGCUUCGUCUCGAACUUGUGUGUCUGCGGCGCUUUGAUGAGACCGGUGGUGGAGCCCAGUGAGAAGCAAAGGAUGUCUCUGGAGUCCAAAGACGAAUCUAAAGAGGUCCCAGCAAAGAGGCAAGAAAUUAGCAACCUGAGCUACACUGAAGGACUUCUGAUUGCUAACGGAGUGCUGAGAAACUGCCAACUGGAGAACAGCAAGCUCACUGAGGUUAACAAGCUAGCUGAGGCUAACACGUUAGCUCUUCUGUCCAGCGGGCCUGGUGUCAGGCUAACGGAUCUUAAGGUAGCUGAGUGCCUUUUACUUAGCAACACACUAACGGCGGCCAUGCUCGGGGAGCUAGCCGACAAUAAGCUGGCUAGCACCGUGGAGAGUCCUAACUUGAGCAACAGAAUGGGCGUCACAAAGACAGAAGUUGUGCCUUCUGAACCUUUAGUGACAGCUAACAUCGAAAGAGGUCGUUGUUACUGCCUCCAGCGAGGAGAGGACUUUGGCUUCUUGGUGGUUCCGAACUUCCUGGUCCUGGCAUCGUCCUUCCUGUUCCUGGCGUACGGUUGUAGUACUCCGAUGGUCUACCUGGUUCCUUACGCCCUCAGCAAGGGAUUGGAGCACAAGCAGGCCACCUUCAUCAUGUCCACAUUUGGAAUUAGCGGUAUUGUGGGUAACAUCACCUUUGGUUGGAUCACAGACAGGAAGUAUCUGAAACGGUAUCGCAUUCUAAGCUACAUUCUAGCGAUCGCGGUGGAGGGCCUGAGCUGUCUGUGUGUUCCGCUCCUCCACUCCUUCGCCCCUCUGAGCACGUUCGCCGUGGUCUACGGCUACUUUGACGGCGCAUACGUGGCCCUCAUCCCCGUGGUCACCUCGGACGCCGUGGGCUCCGCUUACCUCACCUCCGCCCUGGGCGUGGUCUACUUCCUGCACGCCGUGCCUUACCUCGUCAGCCCACCCAUCGGCGGUUGGUUGGUGGACAUGACUGAAAACUACACGGCGACCUUCUUGGUCAGCGGCGCGUCGUUCAUAUGCAGCGCUGCCAUUCUGGCGGUGGCCAUGUUGGUCCGACGUAGCCGUCGGUCGGGGCUGAAGGCGUCCUGCCCCGAACACGCCCCCACCACCACCUCCGCCCCCGCUGUUUGUCAUCAGGACGUCAUCUAAGCGUUCUGAUGUCUAUUUUUGUUUGUAAUAACCAAACACUCUU